GAAUGAUUCAAAAUAGUUAACUUAAAAUUUUAAACUUCUUUUAAUUGUGAUUUGUGGAUUUGGUGGAAAUAUAAGGACAAAGUGCAUACAAAGGAGUGAUUUCGUCCUACGCAGGAGUUACAAAGCCCUACAUAGGAGUUAAACAUAGGAACCAGGACACACAGGACAUCGGAUACUAGUGCUUAAUAUACUUAUACACAGGUUAUCACAUAAAUGCGGGUGUUGAAUAUAUAGAAUGGGCACCGGUCAUUCAAAGGGAACAACGCCAAAAUUAACCAGAAAUGAUCCUAAAAGGUUCAGCUGGAAGAAAAAAAAGUUGGGUAAUCAAUGGAACGAAGAGCUUGGGCAAGACAAGAUUACAGAACAAGAAAUCAUCGAAAAGAGAGAAACAUGCCUUGCAGUUUUAAAAAAAAGUGUAACUAAGCAUGAUGAUAAAUUAAACAGUUAUAAUGAUAAAACUUCAGAGAUAAAAAGUCUUUUGGAAAUAUUACAAGAGCAUAAAACAAAAAGUACCACUGAUUACGGAAACGGAGAUGUUACAGAUUCAAAGAAAUUCAGAGAAACAAUAGAACGAAUUGAAAACGUUUUGAAAGAAUUUCAGAUGUUACCAGAGUGUGCAAGAGAUUCAUUCAAAGAUGUAAAACAUAAUAUAACGGAGUGCGUAGCAAUUUUGGAAGAAAAUAUCAAAGUCGUAGGUGAUAUGAACAUGAAGCCAGUGAGAAGACCACCUGCUGUCAAAAGGAGGAAUACGUUUAAAAAAGAACCAAAACAUAAAACUGGCGUUUCAGCCGCAAUACAGAUAUUCUGUAAGCAAGAAGGGAAAUUAAUGAACGACAUACAUAUGGCUCUGGAAACUACAUUGAAGGGCAAGUUAGGAGCUGUCGACUUCACUCACUUGAACGAUAUCUCCAAAAUUGACAACAACAUGGUGCUUAUCAUUACAUGUAUUGCUGCCACAAGGAUUGCAGCAGAUGCAUCAUAUGCUAUGCAAGAUAUCAAAAAUCCAGCCAAUGCUGCCCUCGUAAUAAUAGACGUCGAUGAGGCACAUGAAUUGUCAAACACACACAAUUUGACAGGAAACGCUUUCAAGGAUCUGCGUGCAAUUUUUGGAUUGUCCUUUAUGAAAAGUAACGGCAGCUUCCCCAACUGUGACAUGAAUGACAAAAGUAUCAAUGGACUGUGCUCGUUAUGCAAGCAAGAGCUUGAGCGAUAUGAUCAAAAUUGACGACAACAUGAUGCUUAUCAUUACAUGUAUUGCUACCACAAGGAUUGCAGAAGAUGCAUCAUAUGCUAUGCAAGAUAUAAAAAAUAUUAUUAUACAGUGAAAAACUUUAACAAAAAGAGAAAUGGGAACUAUUAGGAUUCGUAUAUAAAACAUUUGAUUUGCGUUGAAAACUAUUUCAAUAACAUGCAUAUUUUGUCCACGCAUGAACAUUCGUUAACAUUUUCUUAGACAACUUGAUGGAUGGAGUAGCAUAUAUCAUAAAAUUAAUUAAUAAUAAAGUUAAUGAAGUAAAGGAAGAUACUGUCUUCACUGAACUACUUAGAUAUAACUUUAUCCUUUAAUUGUAGAAACUGUUCUGAAUAGGCUCAAAAUCUGCAUGUUUUAUCAUGCAAACGUUUCUCAUUAUAAGGACCAUUAUCUUUUUAUUAACUCCAAGCUAUCGAUUUUUUUAAGCAUUAUUGCAUAACUUGUUUACAUGUAUAAAAUACAUUAUAUGACACACUGGGGAAGGGCCAAUUUUGACCCUAAAGCUAUAAUUUGAAUAACCGAAAAGAAGUCCCCUAGACAAUGUUUCAUGCUAAACAUCUAAACUGUAGACUGAUAAAGGCCUUUCAAUGUUUUACUUUAUACAUAUGUUGUAAAAUUGGAUUCCAACUUGAACAGGUGAUGUAAUUUUUAGAAUGUACAUAUAAUCGGAUAUUCUUAUAUAAUCUAUAAAUAGUACAAUGUAUGAGUGAUGGCAUGGCCGAGUGGUAAAUGCGUCCGAAGAGUAUCAAAUGAUCGCUGGCCUCAUGGGCUCAAAUCCUGUCCGGGAAAGUCAUUGUUUCCUUGUGCAAGUAAAAAUAACACUCAUUGUUCAGUACUGGAUUGUUCCAGGAACGGUUUCGAAAGUUUGUCUAUUAGCUUAUACACUGUUUAGUCCGAGAAAAAUAAACAGAACUUUCCUCAUUUGUAAAAAUAGAAGCACAGUCAAUUAAAAGAUAAAGUCAGGUAAACAUAGGGAAGUUGCAAUUGAUUAACGAAAUAAUUACAUAUACAGUUAAACAAAUUAUAUUUUAUGACAUGUUAUCUUCGUUUGACACUAUAGCACUGUAUGUAAUACUGCUGAUCAAUAUGAAAGUGAAUUAAAGUAGCGGGCUCGAAACCUGAUGUAAACUGUUUCAUUUCUUAUUCAAAUGUUUUUUUAAUUACUUACUGUUUGAGAAAGUAAAUAUAUGAUAAC